CUUACGGCUAUGGAAAUUCAGCAUAUACGGGAAAUUAUUAAGGGGUAAGAUGCAAGGGGUGCUAGGAAGUACGUGGUAUGUACAGACAUACCAGGAAUGACACAGAGGGGUGUGAUGACCUCCCCCAAUGUGGCAGUCGCUGGGAAAGUGAUGAUUAAUGAAAUGACUCAACUAAAAGAUACCAUGGUUCUUGGUUUUCUGGAUGGGAUGGUUCAAUAUUGCAAAGUACAUACUGUUUUGCUUCAUUUGUUUGAAAAUACUACACAGCAUUUGGUUCAGCUGCGGGUACUGAAUUCCUUGCACUUGACAAUAAUUGUAAUAGUCGUUUCAUUUGUACCAUGUACAUACCUUUUUGGAAAAAUGUGUGAUUCUUCAUGUACUUUGGAGUAGGAUUCUGCUUAUCUCCACCUGUCAAAUGACUCUCACCGACCCAGUCC